CGGGCUGCAAAGUUCUUCCUGUCUGGGUUCUACACUAGGAGAAGAGAGGUCACAGCGAGAGCUGUCAGGACAGUGCACACUGAUGGUAACUUAUUGACUGAGUGCAAUGGCCAGCUCCCAGGCAGAGCUCAGCAACCAACAGCAGCAACCACAGCAUAGGACUGUGCAGGCGCCGGGUGCUGGUUAUGUUCCUUCUGAAGAAGAGAGACGUGUAUUCCGAGAAUGUAACAAUGAAAGUUUUUGGUACAGAUCUGUCCCCUUCAGUGCAGUAGGCAUGGUUGUAACACAGGGCCUUAUCUCCAAAGGAUUUCUUACCUCAUCUGCAAGAUUUGGCUCUGUCCCAAAAGUUAUAUUUGCUGGCAUGUGUGGAUACCUAGCAGGAAAGAUUUCAUAUAUGAAAGUAUGUCAAGAAAAAUUCAAGAAACUUGAAAAUUCACCACUAGGAGAAGCACUUCGCCAAGGGCUCAGCCCUUCAUCACUACAGUCUGCGGGCAGAACAUCUGAAUUUUCUGAAGGCGGUUAUGGGAACACUCCUCCUCCCUCUGCUGGGCAAUCAAGUGUGGAAACCCAACCUUUAAAAUACAGUCCUACAGCUGCCCCAUUCAGCUCUUCUUUUAGUGAAUCUUCAACCACUGGCAUUACAGAUGGUCUGGCACAAGAACCGGCACAUUUCGAAGAAGAAAUCCCUAAACAGAGAAAAUUAACAUAUGAUGAAUUAAGAAGCAAGAACCGAGAAACCUUUGAGAUAGCUGCAUCUCAAAGAGCAGACACUCCUGUGAGACCCUCGUUGGAGAGAACCCCCAGGAAGGAUGCUAAAACGAACAAAUAUGGCGACAUUUGGGAAGAGUGAAGAAACAGAAUAUUCUGAAGAAAUCUGCACUGUUUUUUCCUCCUAUAAAUAUAUAUGUGGAUGGAUGUUUUUGGAUGUAAACAAUUCUGACUACAAACCAUACAAAUUCAGAUUACAACAAUUGAUUUGCUUAUAAUUGAGCUGCACACAAAUCUGACAAAUCAAUGUACAAGGAAAGCUGCAUUUAUAUUUUCACAUAUUAAAAUUACAUUUUUG